GACCCUGACAGUCUCCCAAUAGCAGACUUGUGUCUCCAGCUUUAAGUCUUCUCAGGAACCUUCAACUUCCCUUGCUGGGCAAAGGCAUCAUGAGUUGUCAGAUCACGUGCAAAUCUCGAAGAUCAGGAGGUGGAGGAGGCUUUCGGGGCUUCAGCAGUGGCUCAGCUGUGGUCUCUGGUGGGAGUCGGAGAUCAGGCACCAGCUUCUCCUGCUUGAGCCGUCAUGGCGGUGGCGGAGGUGGCUUGGGCGGAGGCGGCUUUGGCAGUCGGAGUCUUGUUGGCCUUGGAGGGACCAAGAGCAUCUCCAUUAGUGUGGCCAGAGGAGGUGGCAGCUUUGGCUCCGGUGGUGGAUUUGGUGGCAGAGGAGGUGGCUUCGGAGGUGGCUUCGGAGGUGGCUUCGGAGGUGGCUUCGGAGGCGGCAGUGGCUUCGGAAGUGGAGGUUUUGGAGGAGGCGGCUUUGGUGGAGGCCGCAUGGGAGGUGGCGGUGGCUUUGGAGGUUUUGGGGGUCCUGGAGGUUUUGGGGGCCCUGGAGGAUACCCUGGAGGCAUCCAUGAAGUCUCCAUCAACCAGAGCCUCCUGCAACCUCUCAAUGUGAAAGUUGACCCGGAGAUCCAGAAUGUGAAGUCACAGGAGCGGGAGCAGAUCAAAACUCUCAACAACAAAUUUGCUACCUUCAUCGACAAGGUGCGGUUCCUGGAGCAACAGAACCAGGUGUUGCAGACCAAAUGGGAGUUGCUGCAGCAAAUUAACGUCAGCACCCGUUCCACCAACCUGGACCCCAUCUUCCAAGCGUACAUUGGCCAACUGAAGAAAUAUGUGGAUUCGCUCACUGCAGAAAGAACAUCACAAAAUUCAGAGCUGAACAAUAUGCAGGAUCUCGUUGAGGAUUAUAAGAAGAGGUAUGAGGAUGAAAUCAAUAAGCGCACAGCUGCUGAGAAUGAUUUUGUGACACUCAAAAAGGAUGUGGACAAUACCUACAUGGCCAAGGUGGAGCUGCAGUCCAAAGUAGAAGUGCUGAGUCAGGAAAUUGAGUUCAUGAAAGCCCUCUUUGAUGCGGAGCUGAGCCAGACGCACCAGACUAUCACCGACACCAAUGUCGUUCUGUCCAUGGACAACAACCGCAACCUGGACCUGCAGAGCAUCAUUGCCGAGGUCCAGAGCCAGUAUGAGGAGAUUGCCUUCAAGAGCAAGGCUGAGGCUGAGGCCCUGUACCAGAGCAAGUAUGAGGAGCUCCAGAUCACUGCUGGGAAACACGGAGACAGCAUGAAAGAGAUCAAGAUGGAGAUCAACGAGCUGAACCGCAUGAUCCAGAGACUGAAAGGGGAGAUUGAACAUGUGAAGAAGCAGUGUAAGAAUGUGCAAGACGCCAUUGCAGAUGCUGAGCAGAGGGGAGAGCACGCCACCAAAGAUGCCAAGAACAAGCUUCUUGACCUGGAGGAGGCCCUGCAGCAGGCCCGGGAAGAGCUGACCCGGCUGCUGCGUGACUACCAGGAGCUCAUGAACACCAAGCUGGCCCUGGAUGUGGAGAUUGCCACCUAUAGGAAGCUGCUGGAGGGCGAGGAGUGCAGGAUGUCUGGAGACCUCAGCAGCAACGUGACUGUGUCGGUGACAAGCAGCACUGUGUCUUCCAACGUGGCAGCCAAAGCCGGCUAUGGAGGCGCUGGUUCUGGAGGUAGAGGAUAUGGCUCUGGAGGAGGAGGAGGAGGAUACAGCUCUGGAAGCGGCAGAGGUGGCGGUGGAGGAGGCUACGGCUCUGGCUCUGGAGGAGGAUACGGUUCUGGAGGAGGCUAUGGUUCUGGAGGAGGCUCCAGGGGAGGCUCUGGAGGAGGAUAUGGUUCUGGAGGAGGCUCAAGAGGAGGCUCUGGAGGAGGUUACAGCUCUGGAGGAGGUUACAGCUCCGGAGGAGGCUCAAGAGGAGGCUCUGGAGGAGGUUAUGGCUCUGGAGGAGGUUAUGGCUCUGGAGGAGGCUCUAGAGGAGGCUCAGGAGGGGGAUAUGGCUCUGGAGGUGGCUCUAAAAAGGGAGGGGGAAGUUCUCAGAAGGCUGGCUCCGGUGAAGGUUAUGGUUCCAACGUGAGCUUCUCUUUUACAUAAAGAUGGAGUCCUACUCUUGUUUCUCCCACUCCAGAAUGUAGAAGCUUGUCUCUGUACAUCUAAUUGACAGCAAAUCAAACCUUGUCAUCCACCUCUGAUAGCAUUUUGGGGGAAAGGGAUGCCCACAUAGAAUUUUUGAAAUAUCUCCUCUCCAAAUAAAUUAGUUGAAGCCAGUGACACCCUUAUCCCCUGGGGAAGAAUCUGCAUUGCCUAGGUUUGUGCUUCCAGCCAUCCUCCCACUCCCGGGCCCCCCUUGCAUUGCCCAUUUGGUGGUCCACCCCACCUCCCACAAGUAUUCUGUUGAGGACCCAUUUCAAAGCCUGCACCUUUCCCCUGGCAGUGCCCCCAGGGAAAUAUGUUUCUGUGUAUAUAGCCUGUUUUGCUGGCUCUGCAUCUAAAGUACUGUGGUCUUGGUGUCUGCACAAUAAACUUCAUUUGCAACUCA